GCCGCGGAGGUCGUUGGUGUCUGUUGAACGGCUUGUGGAAGUCGUGCUGCAUUGGGUAGGGGUUAAAAUCGUUCUCGAGAGGAACGUCUCUGUCCGAAGAGAACAUGAGUUUAGCUCUGAGAAAUGAGCUUGUAGUAGACAAAACAAAGAGGAAAAAAAGAAGAGAACUCUCUGAAGAACAGAAACAAGAAAUUAAAGAUGCUUUUGAACUUUUUGACACAGACAAAGAUGAAGCAAUAGAUUAUCAUGAAUUAAAGGUGGCAAUGAGAGCCUUGGGGUUUGAUGUAAAAAAAGCUGAUGUACUGAAGAUUCUUAAAGAUUAUGACAGAGAAGCCACAGGGAAAAUCACCUUUGAAGAUUUUAAUGAAGUUGUGACAGACUGGAUAUUGGAAAGAGAUCCACAUGAAGAAAUAUUGAAGGCAUUUAAACUAUUUGAUGAUGAUGAUUCAGGUAAAAUAAGCCUGAGGAAUUUGCGACGUGUUGCCAGAGAAUUGGGUGAAAACAUGAGUGAUGAAGAACUUCGGGCUAUGAUAGAAGAAUUUGAUAAAGAUGGUGAUGGAGAAAUAAAUCAAGAGGAAUUCAUUGCUAUUAUGACUGGUGACAUUUAAAGAAUUACAAGGAUAAACACUAAGAAUGUUGCAGUUAUCAUCUUAUAUUCUAUUUUUGUGCCUGAAGCCAUGUUUAAAAAAAAAACAACUUAGUUCUUUUUUCCAAAAGGACCAAAAAUAAGCAUCUUAUGUAUUCAUAUUUUACUACUGUUAGGUUUCUUUAUAUGAAC